GCGAAGGCGGCGCAGGUCGCAAGCUGCAGAUCUUUCAGCAAGGGCAAGGAACGCAACCCCGUUGCCAGAUUCAUGCGCGAAAUAGGUCUGCCCCAAUACAUCGAUGCCUUGUUCAGAGAUGGCUUUGACGACAUGGAGACCCUGCUUGAGAUUCAGGAUGAGCACCUGGAGGCGAUGGGCUUCUUGCCGGGACAUAUUCUCAAGAUGAAGAAACGUCUUCGCGAAUCAAAAGACAGCCCACCGCUGUCGGCGAUUCGAAGCACCGAGCUUGGGCUGGGCAAGGAGCCGACGACGAAGCCCAGUGCCGUUGAAGUGACGCCAAGUACAUUUCGCCUCUCUCAAGAAGUCAUUGAUGUCGCUCAGCGAAGCUGGCGGGAAAUGCGGCCCAGCAUCGGCACGAUUGCAGAGGCUUUUUGCAAGAAUCUGUUUAUCUUGAACCCAUCAUCGAAGGCAUUGUUUCCGAUGGCUGUGCGCAACCGCUACAGGGACUGGACCAGUCCGAUCGAGCAGACCUUCGAGACGUCCAUAUCGUCCAUCGCCUUGCGUGAGCUCUUCUCCAAGAUGGUCUCUGCACUGGGCGCUGCCGUGAUGAGACUUCAGAACCCAGGAAAGGUGGUUCUGGAAAUGAGUGCUCUUGGGCUUCGCCAUGCCGACUAUGGCGUAAAGGAGGAGCACUUGAAGGCCUUCGGCCAAGCUCUUCUUCUUGCUUUCAGAGGCCAGUGUCGCUUCCUAACACCGGAAGCAGAUCAAGCUUGGAUCACGGUCUUCGACUUUGUCUCCUCGGCGGUGGCCCGCGGGAUACGUGAGGCCGGCGAGAUCCAGGCGAAAGCCCCGGCCCCUCCGUCCGAUGGCUCGAAGACGCUGCUCUCUCGGCCCCAAGCAGGCAAAGCUGCCGCAAAGGAGUUCAAGCCUCCAUCGAGGUUGUUGGAAACAGCUCAGCAGCCGGGCAUGGUGCCUUCGAGCGGAACCAUCAGCACUGUGCAGCAGAGUUGGAUGGUGGUGAAGGAACUCGGAGUUGCGAACAUCGGCGAGAUAAUGUACAAGCACUUGUUCAAGAUUGCACCAGUAACCAAGUCGCUCUUCCCAGUCAGUGUGCGCAAGCGCUACCGCGACUGGAGCUGCAGCGAGGAGGAGGUUGAGGAUGGUUUCGAGAACUCCCCGGCGCUGCGCAACCUUUUCGCCAAGGUUGUCGAGGCGGUGGGAAGUGCGGUGGCUGGACUGCACAAUAUCUCGAGGCUCGUCGCUGAGUUGAAUGCAUUGGGAAUGCGUCACAUCAACUACAACAUGAAAGAGGAGUUCUUCGAAUACGGCGGCCAAGCCCUGGUGCUGACCUUGCAGGACGGACUGGGCACGUCUUUGACUGAAGACGUCAAGCAGGCCUGGGUAGCAGUCUACGAGUUCAUCUCUGCUUGCAUCAUCAGCGGACUUCGCUUCGCCCAAGAGAAGGAGUCGCUGGUGAGGGCGUUGCAGUACGUGCCUAGUCGGAGGGAUCCUCCCGCAGCCACAGAUGGCUGCAGCCCACAGUCCUUGAGCUCCAAUGUCAGCCAGAAUGUUUCAGACGUCCUUCGGCCACAAAGGCUGCGCUGGAAGGAUGGCCGCUGGCUCAAACCGAGGCCGAGGCCGAGGUCUCGCUCGGCGAGGUCGAGUCUGAACUCGGGCAGAGGCUCGGACGAAGGUCCCUCGACAGCUCCGCCCCAAGAGGAGACGAAGGCUCAAGGGCCUCUGGCUGCUUGGCUUUGCAGCUUGGGAAUGGAGCGCUAUCAGGCAACCUUGGAAGGCUUCUUCGAUGACCCGGAGCAGGUGUUCCUGGCAUACACGACGCCGGCCACCAUGGGGGAGCCUCAUUUCGACAGCGGCUUCUUUGCCGAGGUGGGCGUGACAGACGAGGUUCAUCAGCGCACCUUUGAGCGAUGGUUCGUGGAGAAGCUACACAAGGCGCGGGUACCAGCCGUUUCGACGGCGAGAGCCUCGCCAGGCCGCUUGCCGGAGCCGGUUCAGCCGAGGGAGGGAGAGAAGACUCGGCCGUCGUUGGAGCCAGAGAAGAGCCGAAGCAUCGGGCGAAGAGCACCGAGGCGCAGCCAGGAGCUUCUUGGAAGGGUGCAAAGGCCGAUGCCCGCAUCGCAGGAAGCCGCCUGGCUUCGAUCGGCAGAGCUGGUCUUGGACAGCAAUGCCAGCAGCAGUGACACACCCGCGUGCCGUGAAAAGAGGACAGAGAUCCUGAUUGCGGGGCAUCCGUCUGGAUCGGGCAAGUCCGUUUACGCCUACGCCUUCGACGUGAUGUCCAAGGAGGCCUUUGCGGCCAAGAAGGUGUCAAUCGAUGAGGUGGCAGAGCGCGACAUCCCAGAAGAAGAGUGGCCUGAUUGGAGGCAAGCGGAAGCCGAGGAGUCGGAGUUGGCCAAGAUCGCAGCUUCGGGGGCGGUCAAGGUUUUGACUCCCGCCGAGUCGGCCGAGUCGAACAAAGUUCUUCGAGGAGCUGGGGCGCGCCGGUCACUUGGACCGGGUGAUAGACAGCAGGUUUGUGUGCAGGAAGAAGCCAAGCGAGCAGAUUGGCGAGCCCAGCACUUUCAAAAGCCGAUGGUGUGUUCGAGGCGAUCAAGGCCCGGAUGCUCCGGACCUGAGUGCGUACUCACCUACCGUCACGACCCAGAACUUGCAGGCGAUCCUUCAGCUGGCAGCCUCUUGAAAGAUGCCUGGGACCUGCGGCGACUUGAGGCAACAUUUACCCAAAGUGACAGGUUGCAGCGUGCUGCCGGGAAGCUAUAUGUGAGGCAAUCACGCGGUGGGCUUCCAGGCAUGGAGCCGGAAGUCGUCAUGGAGGAGUUUGGGUACAAGCAGUCCAGGAUCGACCCCACCGGCUUGCAUGAGUUGAGGAUGACCCGGUUUCCGGGGCGCUUCAAGUUCUGCAUGCACAAGAAGUUUCAGGAGUUGGCCGAUGGCACCAUGUUCAAUGGAAGAAGGAUUCAGCAAGGACAAGACGGAAACAUCCGUGUGGACAUGGGCAAGUUCAUUGAGGAACGGCUGCAUCCAAUGGCCAUUCCCAAGGCGAAAGAUAUGCAAGACAUCAACUGCAGCAUCGCCGGCGCAAAGGUUGUUCUUCAGCGACCCAUGGCACCGCAACUCGAGCACGUGCGCCAGUUUGAGAAGCAGAAGCAGCCUCACCAGCCAAAGCAACAGCAGCUCAAGCAGCAGGGCCAGCCGAACCCGCGGGCAUACCGCCAGCAAAAGCAGCCGAUGCAUCAGCAGAAGCAGGGCGUGUCUGGUGCGAUGGGGGCACACCCGGCCUACGGCCACCAAAGUCAACCGAAGGACACUUCCUUUCAAGAGCCAAAGCUUCGGGAACAAAGCCCUCCACUCAAGGAAGCGGCGGGCCUGCCGGACGAGCCUGACGCCCCAGCGAGGGGCGCACAACACAGACCGGAGCCACAGGUGCCGCAGCCGCCAGAGGUGCCGCAGCCGCCACAGCCGCCGCCACAGCCACAGCCCAGUUUGAGCGAAGCGCAGCAGGCGAACCGGAUCCGCGAGAGCCAAGAGAGGGAAAACCAGAGACAGCCAAAGCAGCCUGCCCAGAAAGUUCCCAGUGUGUCGCAAGAGGCUUCCACGAUGUCAAGCCGCGAACCCGGCCAAACUCAGGAGGCCAAGGGAGACUGGGCCUCGAAGCUCCGUGCGGCCAGAGAGGCUGCAGCGAGCCUGCCAGAAAGAGAUGCAAGGCAGCACGUCGUCAUUGCGAUUCUGGGACAUACUGGUGCUGGAAAGUCCACGCUGUUCGCGGCGCUCCUGCGUGCGUGCGGGGCCUGGGACCAGCGCAGUGUGGAGAAGUUCUUCAAGGCGCCUCAGCAGCCCGGUGAGCUUCUGGCGGAGCGCUGCUCAACGCCAGGCCGGCGCUUCACUUUGCUGGACGUUCCAGGGCGUCGAAGCAACGUCGCGCAGGCACUCCACUCGAGGUCCGCCAAAGCAGCGGAGUCGCAGCCUGAGAAUGCCCCCCGUUGGAUUCGAGCAUCGCGCGUGGCGGGCAGCCAGCUCAGCUUCGCAGGAGCGGUCAUUGCCGUCAACAAACUCGGUGAUGCAAGCAAGGCACCCUGGUGCAGCGAACGGUUUGAGGCGGUGAAAGCCAAAGUCGCGGCCGCUCUCGGAGAGGUUGGUUUCACUUCGGACAGCCUUCGCUUCGUCCCUGUCUGUGCUCUCCAUGGCACGAACGUGAAUCUGGAGGACCGCCUGGUCUGUGGCGCAUGCGACGGCUGGUACUCUGAAGGAUCACUGUUGGAGCUUCUCGAGACUUGUCCGGUUUCCGUUCGUCGAGAGAAUGCAGACGGCGGUCCGCAGCGAGUGAGCGUUCUGGGCUGCGAGAAGCAAGGCAACAGCUCCUUCGUUCUCUGCCGGGUGGAGGCAGGGGAUGUGGAGGCUGGCUCAGUGCUUCAGCACGCACCGUCCGGUCAGGAGUGCGGAGUCCUUGCCAUUCAAGCCUGGGGACAA